AUAAUUCUUGCUGAUCUCUUAAUUCUCCUUCUUCCCUCAAAAGCGCUUCCAAAUGGCUUCUAGUCUGAGCUUUAACGCUCUUGCUGUGAUCCUCGCUCUUACACUCGCCGCUGGCGUUGCCGGAACACUAGGAGGAAUAGUGUGUGAAAAUCUCGAUCGUGACUCGUGCGCAUUCGCUGUGUCAUCCUCCGGCAAGCGCUGCGUGCUGGAGAAGCAGGUGAAGAGGAGCGGGGAGGAAACAUACACUUGCCGCCGAUCAGGCAUCGAAGCCGGUGGGCUGAGGGACUACAUUGAGACCGAUCAGUGCAUCAAAUCAUGUGGGGUCGAUCGAAGAACGCUAGGAAUCUCGUCGGAUGCUCUGCUGGAGCCUCGCUUCGCAUAUCAGCUUUGCUCCUCCAAGUGCUAUGGAAGUUGCCCUAACAUUGUGGAUCUCUACUUCAACCUUGCUGCGGGUGAAGGAGUUUUUCUUCCUCAACUCUGCGAAGCGGAGAGAGAAGACACGCGGAGAGGAAUGGCGGAGGUCCGGAGCUCGGGAAUGGUUGCUCCCGGGCCGAUAAUCUACCCCGUCAAGUUUAUGGCUGCCCCGGCAAUGUCUCCUUAUUAAUCACUCUCGUCGAAUCCGAUCGUACGCAGGAGUUUGCAGGCCUUGGUUUGGAACAGACGUACGAUGUAGCAGAUCAGUUCGAUUAAACGUCGUGUGUGCAUGCAUGUAUGGCUCGACGGGCUCGCUUUAAUCUAUAGAAACCUUAUAAUUGCGUGUGUAAGUAGGAUCAGUCACCCAAGCAUUGGUCCAUAAUCCACACAAUGUGUACGGGAUCGUCUUCAAUGGGUUGUCGGAGUGAAGAUGUAUCUUCAGAUUGGAUGAAUAAAAAGGCCUGCUUUUUGUU